GUUCUUUGUGCUAGCGGUAGCUAACUUCACUCUGUUUCCGCGUGUUGAUGCUGAAGAGAGGAUCGUGUAGAAACGAGUGUUUUGCAUCGCAGAGAGUCAGAAGUAGAGGAAAAUGGACAUGAAGAAGAGGGUUUCUUUAGAGUUGAGGCACCGGUCUCCAGCGGAGGUGCAGGAGCUGGUCCUGGACAACUGCCGCUCCAGUGAGGGGAAGAUCGAAGGAAUCACAGAGGAGUUCUCCAACCUGGAGCUGCUCAGCCUCAUCAACGUCGGCCUGACCAGCGUAGCGGACAUCCCCAAACUGGACAAGCUCAAAAAGCUGGAGCUGAGUGAUAACAGGAUAUCAGGCGGACUGGAGGUUCUGGCUGAGCGGCUCGUCAAUCUGACACACCUCAACUUGAGCGGCAACAAGUUCAAAGACAUCAGCACGCUGGAGCCGCUGAAGAAACUCCCUCAGCUGAAGAGUUUGGACCUGUUCAACUGCGAGGUGACCAACCUGGGCGACUACCGGGACUCCAUCUUCACGCUGCUGCCUCAGCUCACCUACCUGGACGGCUACGACGCCGACGACUGCGAGGCGUCCGACUCGGACGGCGAGGCCGACGCCGUCGAUGAUGAAGAAGGAGAGUCGGAGGAGUUCUGGGAGGAGGAAGAGGACGAUGAUGAAGAUGUGGUGGCGGAAGAGGACGACGACGACAGCGGUGAUGAUGAGGAGGGGGGAGUGAACGGAGAGGUGGACAGCGAGGAAGAUGACGAGGAUGAUGAUGAAGAGGAUGACGAGGAAGAUGAUGACGAGGAUUCGUCUCCGGUGAAGGGACAGAAGAGGAAGAGGGACCCGGAGGAUGAAGACGAUGAAGAUGAUGAGUGAACCUCCCUCCCAGUGUUUCCAUCAGCCAACACCAGCUCUGCUUCCACUCCCACUGGGCUGCAUCCCAUCCGUUAAUCCUCCAAACCAAAACAACUUUCUCCUCUACAAUCCGCUCAGAUUCUUCCUACGUUUUUUUUCUUAUAAACUCAGGAAUAAAUUGUAAAAACUCAAAAGUUAGAAGACAUUUAUAAACAUUUUUCUUUCCUCUUAAAAUAUGGGAUUUCCUCCCUUUUUUAUUUUUAUUUUUUAUUUUGUCAUAUUUAUACAAUCGUCACUUUUUUCAGGAGCUGAAGGUGAAAAAUGACCAGAUUUAAUUUUUACCAGUUUAGUUUCUCCAAAUACAUCCGACUAUAUUUAACCAGUAGCAACACGAAGAUGGUGAAACCUUCACAGAAAACAUGAAAUCUGACAUUUUCCUCUUCAGAACAUCUGCAGUCGUAAAAUAAAGCCUCAGUUGAAUUAACGUUUCCAUCAGAAGUGAAAUAAGAUGUGAAACCAUCGCGUUCAGGUCGGUGGAUGCAGGUUUUUGUAUUUUUGAGGUUUGAUUCUCGUUUUGUUUUUGUUUUUUUUCCCCCUUUGACCUUUGACCCGAUCUGUCGUCCCGGUUCCCCGCAGCCAGCUGCGCUCAGGGCAAACUGUUGUUUUGUUUUUGUUUUUUUUCUGCCAGCAGAGCUUUUAAAAAAAUCUAUUUUUUCAGAGAAAGUUUUGUUUACUUUUGUAUGGCUGACUCGGGACGCCGCCUCUCUCUCUCUCUYUCUYUCUCUCUCUCUCUUCUUCUCUCUCUCUCUCCGUCUGCGUUCGUUUCCAGAGAGAUCUGUCGCAGCGAAGCCACGAGGUCGUUUGCUUGUUUUUCUUUUUGUUUUUAUUAUUUUCUGUAAGUUAAAAAUGAGAAAUCAUACAAAAGGAACUCUGUAAAUAAAAUCUUAACAUUUUC